UGAUUCAUCCAUUUAGGUUUAUUCGAUAUCAACAACAAUUGUUGAUUAUCGUAAUCAUCAUAAUCAAUAUGAUCAAUGGUCUUCCAUUCAAUAAUAAUAAAAAUCGAUUAAAUAAAAGACAAUCCUCUACUACUACUAUUACAGAUGAACAUGAAGAAGAUAGCAAUAGAAUACGAAUACCAUCAUCAUUAUGUAAUGGACAAUCAUAUCCACUUGGUAUGGAAUCGGGUGAAAUUCGUGAUCAACAAAUAACAUCAUCUUCAUCAUAUAAUCUACAAUCGGUUGGACCACAGAAUGCCAGAUUGAAUCGUGAAAUAGCUGGUGGUGCUUGGUGUCCAUCCAAACAAUUGAGCGCAUCAUAUUCCGGACAAGAAUGGAUUCAAGUUGAUCUACAAGAAUUUUAUAUUAUAACGGCUAUUGCAACACAAGGUCGUUUUGGUAAUGGUAUGGGUGUUGAAUUUGCUGAAGAAUAUUGGAUCGAGUAUUCUCGUGAUAAUGGUACCACUUGGAAUAAGUGGACUGAUAUGAAUGGAGAUUAUAAAUUGAUUGGAAAUCAUGAUACCUAUACACCACAUAAAAAUAUCAUUCCACAUCCAUUAGUAGCUAUCAGCCUUAUACGUAUUGUACCAUUUGCAAGUUAUCAACGAACAACAUGUCUUCGUUUUGAAUUAUAUGGAUGUAGACAUGAUAAUCAUGUACCGAUUAGUUAUUCAAUACCGGAUGGUUAUAAAGAUAGUUCAUUUGGUGAUUUACGUGAUUUAACAUAUGAUGGCCGUAUGGAUUUUUAUGGUUAUCUACAUGGUGGCCUUGGACAAUUAAUUGAUGGUAUAAAAGGUGAUGAUAAUUAUAAAGUUAAUUAUGGUUAUGAAUGGAUUGGUUGGAAAUCGGAAAAUGCUGAUCUUUCUAUGGUUUUUGAAUUCAAUACAAUUGUCAAUCUUACUUCAGCUACAUUUUAUUGUCACAAUCUAUUUACGAAACAAAUUCAGGUAUUUGCCGGUGCUAAAGUUUGGUUCAGUUAUGAUGGUCAAAUAUGGUCAAAAAGACCAAUCGAAUUUGAAUAUAUGCCCGAUUUGGUAUUGGAAAAUCCACGCGAUGUUGAUGUACAUCUACAUUAUAAAGCAGCACGAUUUGUUAAAUUUGAUUUUCAAUUCGGAAGUAAAUGGAUACUAAUGUCGGAAGUAACAUUCAAUGCAAAUCCAAUCGAUGAAAAUACAACAUUAUCAUAUGAACAAUUGGAUUGGUCAUAUGAUGAUGAUAUGAUGAUACCAUAUCAAACAGCAAUCAAUAAUGAUCGAACAUUAUUUCCACAAACAACAUUUUUCAUCGUAUUUGGUGUAUUAUUUGCUGUUAUUUGUUCAGUGGUUAUUGUAUUAUUACGAUUACAUUUGAGACGUAAGGAGAAAGCUGGCCAUAUUGUUGUCUGCAUGAAGGAUCUGGCCACAACACCAUUAUAUUGUGAGCCAAAAGAUUUUAGUUCAACAUCAAGUACAAUUUCAAAUACGAUAGCUGAUCCAGAAUAUGCUGUACCGGAUGUUGCUAUUUCAAAUCAUCAUCAUCAUCCAUAUCAUUUACAACAACAAAACUAUCAUCAAAUGAUGUCUGCUUUAUCCAAUGGUUCUAAUCAUCUAUCGUAUCAACAAAACAAUGUUAAAACUGUAUCAAAUGUAGGACAUUUGGGUAAUAAUCUAAAUAUGUUUGGUACAGGAUUCACUCGUAUACUGAUGGGAGGUCAUCAACAACCAGCUAAAGAUGUGAACAAUGUAAACAAAUCAACAACACCAACAUCCACAUCAUCAUCAUCAGCAGCAGCUAAUAUCACUGCCAAUGUUGUUUAUUCAUCACAACCUAAAUUACAAACAAAUGAUAAUGGUAGUUGUUAUAAUUUAGCCAAACAAAUUCCGGCAACUAAUGUCCAACAUACAGCUAAUCAUCCACAAACAAUCAAUUCAAAAACGUUAGCCGCAGCCGCCAACAGUAAUGCCAAUCUAAUUCAACGACAAUUCUAUGUUUCAGCUGAUUUGAUACCAAAAUCUCCAAAGUUAGCAACAGCAGCCACCAAAUCUACCUUAAUACAAUCAAAUUCAACAAUCGAUCCAACGAAUAAUGGUCGUAUGACAUGCAAUACUAUCUAUAACAGAAGAAAAAUGGCCAACGAUGAUAUGAUGAUGGCGAAUAAUAACAGCAGCAGUACAUUGAAACUAAAAUAUAAUUCAAAUUCAGCUAUGAAUAAUAAUAGUAAUGAAUUUUUUGAAGAAAGUAUGAAAUGUAUACCUGAAAUUGGUGAACAACAAAUCAAUAUCAUUCAUAAACAAUUGGGAUGUUCACAAUAUGGUCAAAUAAUGUUAGCUCGAAUGUAUAAUAAUAAUGAAUCUAAUCAUCAGCUAAUGAUGAAUAAUAAUGUUUUCGGUAGAAACGGUUACGCUAAUGACUUAUCAACGGAAACGGAUACUAUGAAUCGUGAAACAGGAAACAAAAACAUUGAUGAUAAGAACAGCAACAUCAAUGAUGAUGAUGGUACGCUUGUUUUAUUGAAAACACUUGAAAAUGAUAAACUACGAAGUGAUUUUCUACAUGAAAUGAAAUCCAAAUGGUUUAUAUCGGCAAAAAGUGAACGGGUUGCAAAAUUAAUCGGUUUUUUAUCAUCACCAUCAACGAAUUUAACAGCAAUGAUUGUUGAAUGUGGUGAAUAUGAUCUUGCACAUUUUCUUCGUAAUUGUGAUAAAAAAUCUAUUGGAAUACAAUCCUUGUUACAUAUUGGUAGUGAAGUUGCAGCCGGUAUGAAAUAUUUAGAAUCAUUGGGCUAUGUACAUCGUGAUUUAUCGGCAAAAAAUUGCCUUAUAUAUGGUGAUAGUUUACGAGUAAAAAUAACAGAUUUUGCCGCAUUACUUAAUACGAAUGGACAUGAAUAUUGUAAUGGAGUGGCAAUUCGUUGGAUUGCGCCUGAAGCAUUGAUCAAUGGUGCUUAUACAACUAAAAGUGAUGUUUAUAGUUUUGGUAUUACAUUUUGGGAAAUAUUAACCUAUGCAUUGAUACGACCACAUCAUGAAUCAGAUGAUGAUGCAUUCCUGCAGAAAUUAUUCACUGCAUAUGAAAGUUAUGUUAGUGAUAUAAAUAAUGAUUGCUCAAGUAGUUCGGUUUAUUAUCAGGCAACUUAUGCCAGUGGCAACAUUAUUCAAAAUACCGUAAAUGAUUCUUCGGACAAUAUGGAUCAACAACAAUCAGGUACAAAUCAAACAAAACGAAAUGGUACGACAAGAAUAUCAUAUCGAUUGGCAUUACCACGGCCAACAACAUGCCCAUCAGAAAUCUAUGAUCUCAUGCUGGAAUGUUGGCAAUUAAACGAACAGAUAAGGCCAUCAUUUCGAGAUAUAACACAAUUUCUUAUUACACGAAACAAUCAUAUCAGUGGUAUUGGAUCCAAACAACAACAACAACAACAAUGUUUAACGCAUCAACAACAACAGCAAGCCGCAUCAGCUUAAUCCAGUUUUCUCAUAUAUUCUGGAUUCUUCUUCUUCUCAAUCAACAAAGUCAAAUAUGAUGUUUGCCA